AUGAAAACGGUUGUCUUGACUGCCCAGCAGGCGGAUACUGUGGAUAGCAGAAUGCCGAACUGGUUUGAGAGAGUAUUUUUAGCACAGAAACCGCCAGGCUCCCGCCUUGCCAACCUCGAGACGAGUUUUGAUGCGAAUCUAUCAAUAAAGAGGCUGAAGAACCACCAAUUCACGCUGAAAGAGGUCUGCCACUAUGGGUUUCUAGGGGCGGUACUUUUCUUCGUCUUCAUAGCGAAUCCCGCACCAUGGCUCCUGAAGGGCUGUGUGAGCAUGCUAUUCCUUGCAUUGUUUCUGAUGCCUGCUACCGGCCAGUUUUUCUUCCAUGCUCUUCCGAUAUUCACAUGGCUAGCGCUAUAUUUUACCUCUGCAUCUUUCGGCUCCACCUAUAGGCCUCCGAUCACCGUGAAGGUUCUCCCUGCCAUUGAAACCAUAAUGUACGGUGACAAUUUGAGCGACGUGUUGGCAGCGUCGACGAACAAGUGCUUGGAUAUCCUCGCGUGGCUUCCCUACGGUAUCCUUCACUUCGGGGCCCCGUUUGUGGUUGCCGCAAUACUCUUUAUCUUUGCACCUCCGACCACCCUUAGAGGGUAUGCAUUUGCCUUUGGUUACAUCAACCUAUUCGGUGUGAUAAUCCAGAACUUCUUCCCUGCGGCGCCUCCAUGGUACAAGAAUCUCUAUGGUUUGUCCGCUGCACACUACGGUAUGAAGGGCUCGCCUGGCGGCCUAAGCCGUAUCGAUGAGUACUUGGGCAUUGAUCUAUACACAACUGCGUUUUCGAACUCUGCUGUUAUCUUUGGUGCAUUUCCAUCUCUACAUUCAGGCUGUGCAACUAUGGAGGCGCUUUUCUUGGCACAUGUGUUCCCACGCUUGCGGCUACUGUUCGUCUUUUACGUCUGUUGGCUAUGGUGGUCUACCAUGUACCUUACUCACCAUUACUUUGUUGACCUAAUGGCAGGCUCAAUUUUGUCGUACGUUAUUUUUCAGUACACCAAGUAUUGCCACUUGCCUAUCGUGCAUCCAGAGUAUUUUACCAGAUGGUCCUAUGCCGAAAUCAAGACGUUUGACAUCAUCCAGUCUGAUCCAUUAUACCACGAUUCUAGUGAUGUCGAAGCGUUGCCUCUAGCACCCCUGGAUACAGAUUUUAACUUCACGUUUGAGAUGAGCUCUGUGGAUGAAGUUGCGACGCCGACACCGUCGAUAUUUGAUGAAGGAGCACCGGGGUCAGCCUCAAGAUCUUCUGCGAACUCCAUUGAAGUGCCUGAUGCUGAACCGUUCAGGGCUAAUUUUGUGAACAAAAUGUACAGGCAACGUUAUGAUUAA